CUCAACUAGAUGCAACUGGACCACCUGAAAUCGAGCAAAGUGAUCGAUCGUCUUUCUUGCCCACUAUCCAUCCAUAUAUACCAACCUCGAAGACUCCGACCUUCUUGCUCUUAGCUAUGGAGUCCCUUUGCCCACAUAAGACAACAGCCAAGAAUACCAACCAUUUCGCCCAGCCAACAUGCACCGACCUUCUUUGUUUCUUCUGUACCUUGAUCAAUGAGCCAGACCCAUCACUUAGAAGAGUGAAAAUCUCCAAAUUCUUUGAAGAAAUGCCUCUCAGAGAAGACCCAGAACAUAUUCUAGCUCUAAGUGGACUCUGGAACAUCGCCAUGACACAAAUCGAUGACCCAGAAUUCCCGUCUCUUGGCAUCUUUGAGUGCAUGGCAAAACUAAUCCGCAAAGGCAUCAACCACCGAGACUGGCUUCUCAAGGACCAGAACAUCUACAUCCCCUACUAUGCAGCGCAUAUCAUCGGCUCCUAUACCAUGAAAAACGAUCGGUUUGCGGAAAGUGCAAUUAACUCAGGCGUGAUAUUGCCAUUAAUGGAACUUUUACGAGGUAAGAUUACUUGGGUCGAGAAAAGAGUGGCGGUUCGAGCAAUUGGCCACCUGGCCAGCCAUGCGAGAACUUUUGAAGCCAUUGCUGCACAUGAAGUGGAGAUCGUGGAAUUAACCAUGAGGAUAGCCUCCACAUGCCUCGACGAGGUCUACGAUAAGUUCGUUGGCGUGACAGACUCAAAGAGGUUGAAGUACCACAGUGACCUGCUGACUAGAGGGCUUGGAGGGUUGGAGCUUGAAAACAGAAAGGCAGAAGAAUGGGCUAGCCAACUUCAAUGCUGGUCUCUUUUUCUCCUAAACUGCUUUGCAUGCAAAGAAAGAUGUCUCAGUUUAAUCUGCAAGAAAGAAUUCUUGAAGGAUUUGCGUGGAAUGUGGGGAGGUUUGGCAAUUCGGGCCUCGCCUGGAGGAAUAGGACUCAUUAGAACUCUUUGUCAGACAAAAACUGGAAGAAGAAGUGUAGCAGAUUUGAAAGAAGUCACAGAGAGUCUUUGCAGCGUUUCAAGAUCCUCGGAUGACUGUCAGUACACGGCCAUUGAUUGUCUCUUGCUAAUUCUUAAAGACCCAGAUACAAGAUAUAACGUCAUAGAUAUUGCAGCUCCAAUUCUUGUCGAUCUUGUCGAACUUGGAGAUACUGGAGGAAGACCAAAGCUAGGAGACACAAUCACUCAGGCACUCUUACAAGACUAUCAUAAGAUCAAGUAUGGUAAUUUAAAGUUGAAGAGCAAAAGAGCUGAGAAAGCAUUAGGAGAAAUAUGGGACUUGAAGGUUGAAAGGAAAAAGGAAGAGAAGCUGAUGUCCAAAGAAGAAAUUAGGGAGAGAAAGCUCUUGGUAGGAAAGCUUAAAAGGGAUGGAAAUGUAGGGUUUUGGUCAGGGGACAUUGCAAAGGCUAAGAUGCAUUACUCAGAGGCUUUGAAUUUGUGUCCAAUAAAGAUGAGAAAAGAGAGAGUUGUUCUCUAUAGCAAUAGAGCUCAAUGCUUCUUACUACUGAGGAAACCAGACGCAGCCAUAAGUGACGCAACUCGAGCUCUCUGUCUAUCCAGUGCGGUGACUCCUCACUGUAAGAGCCUGUGGAGGAGAUCGCAGGCUUACGACAUGAAAGGAUUGGCUAAAGAGAGCUUGAUGGACUGCUUAGCGUUUGUCAGUGACUACUUGAACUUGAAGCCUGGGAAGUCCUCCUCCAAGCGUGCAAAGAUCCCCUACUAUGCGGCACGUGUGAUCAACAAGCAGAUGAAUGCCACUUGGACUUUUGUACCUUCAAAGUUAAAAAAAGCGUCAGAAAGAAGUAGGAAAAGUAGAAGAGUUUGAGGACCGGUACUACCAUCAACCAUGUGACAAAGAAGAUGAAAUUCAGGAGGAGAUGGAAGAAAGAAAGGCCGCCUCGGUAAGUCUAUCUUCUAGAUAGUCUCCGGAUUAGGUUGAAAAUUGAAUGAAAGAACUGAAGGGAGAAAUAUAGUUUUUACCCUUCUCAAAUAUUAUUUUUA